GCCCUCCCUCCUUCCCUUCAUCCGACCUCCCGCGGCCAUGGAGCUGCCUGAGAGCCAGUGCAAGAAAGCGAAGCUGAGCAACAGGGUGCCGAACUGGGUGAGCGGGCGGGCAGGUGGGCGUGCGGAGGAGUGGGGAGGGGAGAGGAGGAGAGGAGGGAGACGUGGCCAAGGCUCCGAGGCGAUGUGGCGGCCAGGCUGGGGGCUGCCGUGCCCCGCAGCGGGAGGGAUGGGGAGAGCCGCGCGCGAGCCGGACCGUUACCAGAGCGGCCGCGCGCUCCCUCAGGCGGCAUCGCCGCGGUCUCCCCCCUGGAGAGCACCGUCCUGCCCCGGGGAGCCCGGGCUGCCUCUGUGGAGGGGCUGGGGGUUUCGUCCCCGCCGCCUUCUCCGCCAGCACUCUUCUUCCAGCGAUGUGGCAAAAGGCAGAGUUAAGAAGGCGAUGCACAAUGGAAUGCAGAGGGCAACCAAUGUUACCUACCAAGCUCAUCAUGUCAGCCGAAAUAAGAGAGGCCAAGUGGUAGGAACAAGAAGUGGUUUCCGUGGAUGCACAGUCUGGUUAACAGGUCUAUCUGGUGCUGGGAAGACCACAGUUAGCAUGGCCCUGGAGGAGUAUUUAGUAUGCCAUGGCAUUCCAUGCUACACGUUGGAUGGUGACAAUAUUCGCCAAGGCCUUAAUAAGAAUCUGGGUUUCACUCCAGAAGAUAGAGAAGAAAACGUCCGUCGGAUUGCUGAGGUUGCUAAACUGUUUGCAGAUGCUGGUUUGGUGUGCAUCACUAGUUUCAUCUCUCCUUAUGCUCAGGAUCGUAAUAAUGCUAGACGAAUUCAUGAAGGGGCCAGCUUGCCUUUUUUUGAAGUAUUUGUGGAUGCUCCUUUGCAUGUCUGUGAACAAAGAGAUGUUAAGGGACUGUAUAAGAAAGCCAGAGCUGGAGAAAUUAAAGGCUUUACUGGGAUUGACUCUGAGUAUGAAAAACCAGAAGCCCCAGAGCUUGUGCUGAAAACUGAUUCCUGUGAUGUGAACGAUUGUGUACAACAAGUUGUGGAACUUCUUCAAGAGAGGGACAUCGUACCAGUAGAUGCCUCGUAUGAGGUGAAAGAGCUUUAUGUGCCAGAAAACAAACUGAAGUUGGCUAAAACUGAUGCUGAGUCUCUGUUAACCUUGGAAAUAAAUAAGGUGGAUAUGCAGUGGGUGCAAGUGUUGGCAGAAGGCUGGGCAACACCUCUGAGUGGCUUUAUGAGAGAGAGAGAAUACCUGCAGUGCCUUCACUUUGACUGUCUCCUUGAUGGGGGAGUCAUUAAUCUUUCAGUGCCUAUAGUGCUAACAGCUACACAGGAAGACAAGGAAAGACUGGAUGGUUGUACAGCAAUUGCAUUAGUGUACGAGGGUCGCCGUGUGGCCAUUCUCCGUAAUCCAGAAUUCUAUGAGCAUAGGAAAGAGGAACGCUGUGCGAGGCAGUGGGGAACAACAUGCAAGGAUCAUCCUUACAUAAAGAUGGUUAUGGAGCAAGGGAACUGGCUUGUAGGUGGAGAUCUACAGGUCCUUGAUCGUAUUUAUUGGAAUGAUGGACUUGAUCAGUACCGUCUCACUCCAGCUGAACUAAGACAGAAGUUCAAGGAAAUGAAUGCUGAUGCUGUCUUUGCAUUCCAGUUACGCAACCCAGUGCACAAUGGGCACGCACUUUUAAUGCAGGAUACUCAUAAGCAGCUUUUGGAACGUGGCUACAGGCGUCCAGUUUUGCUCUUGCAUCCACUUGGAGGCUGGACAAAGGAGGACGACGUUCCUCUCAUGUGGCGCAUGAAACAGCAUGCUGCAGUACUGGAGGAGGGAGUCUUGAAUCCAGAAACAACGGUAGUGGCUAUAUUCCCCUCCCCCAUGAUGUAUGCUGGACCAACGGAGGUUCAGUGGCACUGCAGAUCACGGAUGGUUGCAGGUGCUAACUUCUACAUUGUGGGGCGAGAUCCUGCAGGGAUGCCGCACCCUGGUACUGGGAAAGAUCUGUAUGAACCAACCCAUGGUGCCAAAGUGUUGACAAUGGCCCCAGGCCUCCGAGCACUGGAAAUUGUACCUUUCAGGGUUGCGGCUUAUAACAAGAAAAAGAAGUCCAUGGACUACUAUGACUCUGAGCACCAUGAAGACUUUGAAUUUAUAUCGGGGACCCGCAUGCGCAAGCUGGCUCGAGAAGGACAAAACCCACCGGAAGGCUUCAUGGCUCCUAAGGCUUGGACUGUGCUGACAGAAUACUACAAAUCCUUGGAGAAGGCUUAGGCCUCUUAUUAACUGCAGAUCAACCUUUGACGCCUGAUUUAUUUACGAGAAGGGGACCACACAGUCACCGUUCAUGUUGCUUUGUUGUGGUGUCUGUCAGGAAGUUCUUCUCUGAAAACAGACUCUUUCUCUCUAACUUAGCAUCAUUCUUUGCCUGUCCUUAUGGGUUCUAUUAUGUCCUGGCACCUAACUAGCUGCUGUUUUUAAUGUCUUUUCUUUUAUUACAGUUAAUAUUCUUACAGUGGGUUUUUUAACUCUUUUUUUUUUUAUUAUUAUUUUACUGCCUCUGUCCUCUGAGUUCUGCAGCUGUUAAAUAGAUGCAGCUUUUUUCAUAUUAUUUAAACUGCUGGAUAUUUUCUGGUUUUACUAGUUCGUAGGAGAAAAUGUAAUAGUUAGACUCUUAACUAUGGAUAGAUGCUCUAUAAAUGAAAAAGUAAGUAAGUUUUAAAACUACUGUAAAAGUGUACUCUAUCUUAUUCUCAUCAGCAUCUCCAGAAGCAUUUAACAUUUACUUUUCAGUAUACGUAAUCAAAAAGCAGAGUUCUUUAUGCAGCAUAAUUAACUUCAUUUGCUUUCUUUGUUUAGUUUUGGAGUUCUUGGAGCUCUGUCCGGUAGUUUUCUUUUAUUGUGGACCUGUAAAGAUGACCAAGUAAUGAAUAAAAGAUAAUACUUAAUUUUCUCUUAAUAAACUAAGAUAUUUAUUUUAA